UACUUCAUUAUCACAUCAAGUGAUGAGUCUUAUAAAAAUGAUUCCAGGAUCUUUUUUCGUUUUGGGUGUAUUUUUCGUGGAUGAUUCUGACAUAUACAAAAAUAAAGAAAAAACAGAUAAAAUAAUGGCAAUUUUGUCAGACAUAAGCCAACUAUUUAGACGAAAUAAAUAUCUUUACGGUACUUCAACAACUAUGGGAUCGACUAAAUUAAUAAUGUUCUAUAAUUCUGCAACAAAAAGUUUAGAUUGUAAAUAUUAUGACCCUAAGGACAAAAACACUUUGAUUCCGGCAGAAUGUAUUUUUCUUGAUAAGCUUACCGAAUGGAUUUUUUUUGAAACAAAUUAUGAAUUAGACGAAAUUUUCCCUAUCGCUGAAAGCAACGAAAAACUCAAUAUUGAAACACAUUUCACGGCUACACUCGAAGCAAUCAACUUGUAUGUUAAUAAUAGCAAAAUUUUUGUACAAGACGAACCAGUCGAAGAUGGAAUUAUUUUGGAAAACUAUUUGAAAAAAUGUCAAAAUAAAUACGAUAAGACAAAGGGGAUAUCAGCCAGUAUAUUUUUGACAACAACGGCUUUGGAUGAGAAGGUAUUAAUUGAACAAUUUGAUGGAAUAAUUCGAUAUUCUGGAAUAAUAGCAUCAAGAGUUUGGGCUCAUCCAAAAUCUUCAUUUAAGGAAAUUUAUGAUUUUAUAAGAAUUGAUAUUAUGCGAUCAAUGUGUUCCCGGAUACAGGUGUAUUGUGAUGGUUUGAUUGAUCCUAAUGCAUCUAAUGACGCCGUUGUAAUAAAUGAACCUCCUAGAAGAGUAUUUUUCAACAAAGUUGAUGAUAACGGUAUUCAAUUUUGCGAUUAUAUAUUUCGGGGAGAGUCUCCGUCUGUUGUUACAUCGCAAGCAAAGUUUAUCUUAGAUUUGGAAAUUGAAACACAAAAUGUUAAUGAUGCAGUUGAAGGGUAUCCUGAUGAUGACAGUUUUGGAAUAAGUAAAAUACCAAACACUUCAAAUCGUCAGUCCAAAUAUGCAAAAGGAUAUGGACAAGUAAUGUAUAUUGGAAUAGCUUCAGCCGUGAUUGUUUUAAUAAUUUCUAUUCUGUUACAUUUUAUAUUUCGAUAGUUUUGUAUAAAAUUUAAAUUUUUUCCUUUUGUAAAUUAAAAAUAGAAGUGGAUGAUUCCUUGUUAUAAAUUUAAUAAAUUUUUUUAUAUUAUUGUUUAAUGGUA